AUGAAGCUGUCAGCUACUUCGAUUAUUGUUACUUUUGCUACUCUUUCCGGAGUACUGGCGCAAACUCCAGACAUGCCCCCUGUAGACCAAUCUGCGAACCCGGGAAAAACAACCCGAGUUUAUGCUACUAAAUGCGAAAGUAUUAGCCCUUACGGAGAGGGCUAUCACGUACGCUGUGAUUAUGACGCUGAGAAUCAAAACAUCUCAGAGGACGAGGCCAAAGCAUCAGGCGCGAAAUGGAAGGUUCUUAUGACGAAGCUCGUGUACAUCCAACUUGAGCUUGUUCGCUAA